AUGCACCGAGCCCUGCGCAUCCAGGAAAUUGCCAGUCUCAUAGCGAACGAAGUGGAGGCGUACCCAGACCUUGCUUCUCUUGCCAGGACGUGUCGUAUUCUCUCCGAGCCUGCGCUGGAUGCGCUUUGGUCGAUACUUCCAAGCUUGGUGCCGUUACUGACAGUCUUCCCCGCCGAUCUCGUCAAACGCAAGUCCUACAGAGACUGCCAGCAUCCGACAUAUAUAUACGACUUCCGUCGGCCGCUGACCCUCGCUGACUGGACGAUGCUGAAGAAAUUCUCGCGCCGUGUAGUGGCCAUUCAGCCAGAUCUUUCGGCAGAGGAGCUACACUACGACGACGGAAAUCGCACAUGGCUCAUUGUCUCUGAGAAAGCGCUGCGAGCACUGUCCAGCCCUCUCACCCCCGAUCCAGUCUUCCCAAAGCUGCAGCACCUCGAGUGGCAGAGCCCAGAACCGCGCUCGUUCUCAAUCCUUCGCACUCUGGCCGGACCGUCUCUGAAGGUCCUUGACUUGGGCUCCAUGGAGAACGGAUUUAAUAACUUCGACGGCGUGUGGCCUCGUGCGCGAGUAUGGAACGACCUGACAUUACAAGAACGAGUCAAGUCCAUCGAGGUCAUCGGCGAGCUCGGCGAGCGCUCGCCGCUGAUGAAUGUCUUCAAAUGGAUGCACGACUGCGACCCUAACGAGCUGCGACCUUUGGUGUCCCGCUCGAUCAAAGCUUGGAACUACCUCACACUUCUUGACGUCCCGCCACUCGAUGCCGACGCUCUGGCUCAUAUUGCGCUAACACCCCAUCUGGAAGAAAUAUGGUUGAACUUGCCGAUUGGAAGCGCAGUGACUCCGGAUAUUGGUCUCCAGGGCGCUAUCUUCCCAAAUCUGUGGAACUUCUCCUUGAACGGCGUGUUCUCCGAAAGCGCGGACUUUCUCGAUGCACUCGGCGGGACCAUGUCUUCGACAAACAUAUACUUCUGCACGUACGAAGUGGGCGGAGCAUCGGACCUCAGCAAACUGUUCGCAAGCGUAUCCCGCCACUUCAGCCCGGACAAAGCCGACAGCCUCACCGUCGUAGAGGACUUCGGAGGCAGUCAAGUCAAAAUGGACGCGCAGAGCGGCCCCGGCUUCGAGAUGACCAUCAGCAGCCUGCGCCCCGCACUCCGCUUACACCGCAUCGAGAAGGUGUACAUCGAUCUGAACCGUACAGUGGUUCUUGGCGACAACGACAUCAUCGAGCUGGCAAACGCGUGGCCGAAGUUAGAGGAGCUGGUCUUCAACGUCAACCGAGGCUUCGUGGUGCCUUCCCAGAUCACACUGAAAGGAUUGUUUGAGUUGCUCAAGCGUCUGCCCGGGCUCAAAACGCUCGGACUCGAGAUUGACGCGCGCAGUGGCACCGGGAGUGGCACCAUCCCUGCUGAACCCCUUCGGCACUCUCUUAGGUCUUGGAACAUGCUUGAUUCGAUCGUGGGAGAUAAUGUCGCCGAGGUGGCUGAACACGUUCGGAGACUUGUCUGGUACGGCGGGUUCCGCGUCAAGGCUAGAAAGUUUGGGAAGCAGUGGGGUCAGGUUUUCGGUAUCUUGGGAUACCAGCUCUCUGAAGGGCUGUUCUAG